CAAUUUUGCCAAAGGCUUCUGAAACUGAGAUUAAGCGCAACAACGGAACAAGAUAAGGCGAAAUCACUAGAGGUGGAAAACAUUACUUCCACACUCCAUAUCAAAGAGCAGAGAAACUCGAAAAAAAAGAAGCCAAAAACAAUCAAAACAAUGUCAGUGUCAGCCAUAUUUGGUACCAGAAUCGCAGCAAUCCCAUCCAACGGCGGUGUUGGGGUUAAUGGCGGAAAUGCAGUGAAAUUGCAACCGUCAAACGGCGGCGUAGUGAUAAUAGAAUGUUCAUCAAGGCCACAGAAGAAGGGAACUGCUCACCACAUGAAGACUCGACCUAAGAAGACUGCUGCUUGGGAAUUAAGACGUCGUCCUGCUGUUUAUCCUCCUCUCCCUCCUCUUCCUGCUGAGUGGACCAUUGUUUCUUCUGCUUCUGAGGAAGUCGAUUAUUCGUCUUCUACUGCUACUACGUCUACUCAGACUCAGUAAUUAUCUUCGCUUUAAUUCAAUUUGUGUUUUGAGUUUUGUUUUUGUAUUAUGCCUAUAAACUGUUUGAUGAAAUGUUUGUGUAACUCUGUUUUUGACUUUUUGUUAUGUUUUAUGCAAAGAGAUUUUGUAAUUUGAAUUUUAUUUGGUAAUCACUGCAAUUCAAAGCUUUA